GCGGAGGGAAGAUCCGUGACGCGUUCCCCAGAUCACGUGAGCGCGUUUGAUUGGAACGCGUCGUCGGUCCGGAGCAUAGCCGUCGAAUAUCGCGACGCGAAACCGACAACUCGCCGGGUCAGGGCCGCUGCAGCCCGCUCGCCUGCAGCCCCCUGCUGGCCAGAACGCUCGACGAAAUAUCCCCAUGGCUCGACCUGCCCCUCGCCAUCCCCUGCCGGCCUUCCGACUCGCUAGCCUCCUCCCUCGGCGCGCUCGCACCAUCCUAUAAAGCCCCUCUGGACCCGGUGUUAGGAUCCCCCGACUUUCUCUUCCCCAUUCCCCGCAACAUCCCCCACACCCCACAUAACCCCGCUCUCCCCCUGAGGUCCUCCCUACCUAACGAUGGAGACUUCACCCCUCUUCCUCGGCCUCGAUCUCUCUACUCAGGGUCUCAAGGCCGUCCUGAUCACGGAGGACAGCGAUGUCGUCCAUGAAUCAUCUGUCAACUUCGACCGCGAUCUUCCAACUUAUGGAACCACCAACGGCGCCAUCCGCGGUCCUGGGCCCGGCGAAGUGACCUCUCCUGUCUGCUUGUGGCUUGAAGCCUUCGACCUCCUCAUGGAGCGUAUGAAGGCUGCCAACGUCAAUUUUGGUCGCAUCCUCGGCAUCUCCGGUGACGGACAGCAACACGGGUCCGUGUAUUGGUCCGGUGCCGCCGAGCGGAUGUUGGCAUCGCUCGACCCAGAAUUACCGCUCAAGCAGUUGUCUCCUGGCGCGUUCUCGCUCCCCAACGCGCCCAUAUGGCAAGACUCUUCCACAACGCGCGAGUGCCGCGACCUCGAAGCAGCCGUCGGGGGCGCUCAGGCGCUCGCUGAUCUGACAGGUAGCCGCGCGUAUGAGCGGUUCACCGGUACCCAGAUUGCUAAGCUUCGGCGCACGAACCCAGAGGCGUAUCAGGCCACAGCACGGAUCUCUUUGGUGUCCUCGUUCAUGCCUUCGCUCUUCUUGGGGUCAAUCGCCCCUAUCGAAGUGUCAGAUGCCAGCGGGAUGAACUUGAUGAAUGUGCUCACCUGCAAGUGGGACGAUACGCUCCUAGAAGCAUGCGGGGGCCCAGAGCUGCGGCAAAAGAUCGGCCCAGAGCCCGCUCCGGGAGGCACCGUACUAGGCACCAUUAGCCCUUGGUGGGUCAAGCGAUGGGGCUUCAACCCUGACUGUUGCAUUGCACCCUUCACGGGCGAUAACCCCGCCACCGUCGUCGCGCUCUCAACGCCCGGAGAUGCUAUCCUUUCCCUUGGCACCUCCACGACCCUCCUGCUCUCCAUCCCUCCCUCCGAUUCUGCACCCAAGUGCUUCACAACCUCACACCUCCUCUCCCACCCUACGACAAUCGACGCGCACAUCGCGAUGCUCUGCUACAAGAACGGCGCGCUCGCACGUGAGCAAGUCCGGGACGCCUACGCCGACGCGCACUGGUCACAGUUCAACACGCUCGUCGAGCAGACGCCAGCAGGCAACGCCGGAUACAUGGGCUUCUACUUCCCUCUCCCCGAGAUCAUCCCUCCAAGCGUGCACGGCUCGUUCUUCUUCCACGCCAACGCUUCCGUCCACCCUCCCUCCGUGCGCUCAGUCACCGACGCAGAGAUGCCUCGGACUGCGCACCCGCGUGCGAUCCUCGAGUCUCAGUUCCUCUCCAUUCGCUCGCGCAUCACUGCGAUCCUCCCACCGGACGCCGCACCGCUGCAGCGGCUCGUGCUGAGCGGCGGGUCCUCCGCGAAUGCGGUCAUCCGGCAGCUCGCCGCGGACGUGUUCGGCAUGCGCGUGUUCGUCGCGGGCAAGGAGGGCGCGGCGGAGGGCGGUGCGCAGCUCGCACGGUACGCGUGGUGGCGCGCACAGAACGGCGGCGAGGGCACGUUCGAGGAGAUGCGCGCCGCAGACAUCGUUGGCGAGCGUAUGAAGUGUGUCGCGGAGCCGAAGGAGGCGAACGUCGCGCUUUAUGCGGAACUCGUGGACGCGUACCGUGUGUGCGAGGACCGUGUCGUGAACAUGUGUCAUGCUACUUAGAUGGGAUACCCGGGCGAACGUUUAUAGAGCAAAACAUAGACUGGUAGAAGUAUAGUGGGGCAUCUACGAUACUGUACAUUAUCUCUUGGCUUUGUAGCAUCAGGGACUGCAAUUGAUGUUCCUAGGACAUCUUGUGCGAGCUCGGAGACUUCAGUGAGUGCCACUGCGCGGCCUCGCUCGCGAA